UAUAUUUUUUGUAUAUAUAUUUUAAUUAUUUUAAGUGGAAUAUCCCUAAUCUGCGGUUUGUUGUGAUUUAUGCAAUGGUCAAGGUGGAUGUAGAAUACUGUGGAACCUGUAACUUUUCGCUGCAAUGUCAGCUGCUGCGGCAGUUUCUGCUGGACGCAGCGCCGGGUGUGCAGGUGUCCUGCCACCAGGGACGACGCGGCGCCUUUGAGGUGACCAUCGACGAUCAUCUGGUGCACUCCAAGUUGGCCAGCAUGGCCUUUCCCCAACAUCAAAGCGUGCUGGCCCAGGUGCAGCGAGCAGAACGCGGCGAAACGCUGGAAGCAGUGCAGCAGGCACCCAUCAAGGACUGCAGCAUCAUGUAGAUUCAAGAUUCAAGAUACAAGAAACCAAAACACAUUCAAAUACUAAAAAUGUUUUAUUUUAUAUUAAAAAAAAAGGAAAGACAGCAAGUGGCAGCCCAAUAAAUAAGGCGUGUCUCUUUAGCGCCUGUAGCGAUAGCGCUUGAAGUGGAA